AUGCCUUCCCAAAUCUUCGUCACAGAGCCUCACCCCACCGUGGUACCAAACACCUACAUCUACUCGGGCCGCGGCGGCGCCGGCAACAUCUUCAAGGCCCCCGUGACCACCCCGGCCACCGGCGUCACCACGCCCCUCAAGCCCGUCUCCGCCAACAACAGCGCCCGCCGCUUCUACUCUGGCAUCGGCGGCGCGGGCAACGCCCACAGCGCCACCGAGAGGCCCGUCAUCAGCUUCGAUGAGGACUUUGACCGCCAGCAGGUCCGCGACCGCGCCGUCGUCGGCCACGUCGGCAUCGGCGGCGCCGGCAACGUCUCCCGCCGCAAGGGCUCCGACGCCUCCUCCGUCCUGAGCGAGGAGUCCUCCGCCUCGUCCGGCUCGUCGCUCAAGUCCAUCAAGGAGCGCGGCGGCAGCUUCCUUCGCCGUCUCGCUUCCAAGAAGAACUGA